AUGAGUGAGAACAGAAACCCCAAUAUAGAUCCGAAUGCAACUUCCUCGCAGCAGCCAAUCCAGGAGGCAGACUAUCCUGAAGAGGAACUCCGAAAAUACAACAUUGUGCCACGGCAAGCAGAGUCGUGCACAGCCACAGGAUUGCACAGCCACCGCCGUGUGGCAAAAGUGGUGAAGCACAAGGUGAAAGGAGGAAAUGGGAUCACACAACUUCCGAUUUCGGACAGAAUAGCCAUCACGGAGAGAUCAUGGACGCUGAGAAAUUGGUAUCGGCAUCUCCACUGGAGGAAUAUGCUAGUGACGGUAUUCGUACCUCUGUUGGGAUUCCUGUUAUGGUUAAUUGUGGAUAUUCGGCCCACACUGCAAACAGCAUCGUUUGCUUUUUUACACUAUGUGGUCACUAUGCUCUCAGUGAACAUACUCUACCACCGGUACUGGUGCCACCGCAGUUUCCAGAUCGAGAGUCCGCAUUUUGUGAAGUUACUGGUUCUCAUUGCAAGUGGUGCAGGGAUUACUUCGGCCAGAAACUGGUGCUCAGCCCACAGAGCACACCACAGGCAUAGUGACAUCACGGAUCGCGAUCCUCACAAUGUGCGCCGGGGCUUUUUCUUCAGUCACAUUGGCUGGAUUGUGUUGACGUUCAAUCCCCAAGUUGUUGAGGCGAUUCAUGCAGAGCGGCUUGAUAAAUUCACAAAUGACGAAGCUGUCCAAUGGCAGGCCCGCAACUAUUUAUCUUUAUUUGUGUCAUCGGGGCUUAUUCUGCCCUGCUUAUUCUGUGGAUGGCUCUAUGAUGAUUACCUGGGCGGUUUGCUCUAUGCAGGUUUUCUUAAAGUGUUUCUUGUUCAGCAGAGCGUUUUCCUCACAAACUCUCUUGGACAUUUGAUUGGAUCAAGGCCUUAUAACAGCUCCAUCUCCGCCAGAAACAACCUGGUGGUCAAUCUGCUCACUUUGGGUGAGGGAAACCAGAAUUUCCACCAGGAAUUCCCCAAUGACUGCCGAAACGGUUCUAAUUGGCUCUCCUGGGACCCAACCAGGUGGUGCUUGUCUUUAUUGCAGUCCUUGGGUAUCGUUUCGCAUCUUAGGAUCUCAUCCCAGUCAAUUAUAGACAAGUCACGUGUCCAGGAACAGCAACGACAGCUUGAUAACAUUAGAUCCUCGCUUUACUGGGGUAUUCCCAUAAGUAGGCUUCCUGUCUAUACUCCUCAGCAGUUCAGAAAGCUUGUUUCGGACUCUCCUGGCCGCUUUUACGUUGUUGUUGACGGAAUUAUCCACGAUGUUACUCCGUUUGCAAAAGAUCACCCAGGCGGGAUCGAACUCAUGUACGCGGCUAAUGGUAGGGAUGCCACUACUGCAUUUAAUGGUGCUGUUUACCAGCAUUCUAAUGCUGCCAGAAAUCUUUUGGGUACUUUGAGGAUUGGUGUUUUGUCUGGCUCUGAAGAUAUUUAUUGGAAGCAAGAGCGUAUUGAGAACAAGGAUGUACCUUUGGAUAGCGAUCUUAGUGGUCAUGCCAUUGUUCGGAGUGGUUCGCAGGCCACCGCUUCGAAUAAUAUCAUUGGGGGAGUAGCUGAUGCUGCUUAG